CCACCUCAUAGCUGCCUGGGUCUGAACUCACAGACACACACACACAAAGUCUCUCUCUCUCUGCGGCUCUGACCUUAGGGGAUGCACUAACUUCCACAAAUAACAUUACACAACAACCGAGAACCUGGUCCAUCUGUGCAUCUCUGUGUCUGACUGAAUACAGCUGCAAGAAUGAUGCUACUGUGCUGCCUCAGAAAGCUAAAUAAGAUGCAUCUUUUGGGGAGUCUGUUAAGCAUGCUGAUACUACUUGAAAACACCUAUUUUGUUGUUGGUUCUGAAAAUUCUACAACAGCUCAUACAACUGGGAAAACAAUUGUAACUCAAGGUGUCACUUCUACUCCAGCUAUCCCUAUAGCUGCCACCGUGACCAUUUCGAGCACAGUGCAAAAUGCAGAAAGGGAUUCCACAACCGCAGAGAAUAACAUGGUAUUGGGGAACCUCACCGAGCCUGUAAUGACAGUGUCACAAAAUUCAACAAACUCAACAUCUCUAACAGAUAUACCUACAACAACGAUUUCUGAAGCUUUCACAUCAUCUGUUCCCAAUGCCACAAAUAUUAUUGUUCCCACAAACUUGAAUAUGAGUACAGACUCUGUGGAAUCAUCUACAGCCACAGCCUGUUGCACCACAACUGUGCCCCAUCCAGGCAGCACCGCCGUUCAAGACACCACCUAUUCCUCAACUCGUGACGACAUUCCCCCAGAAGUGGAAAUAGAAGAUCAGCAGAACUCCACGGAACCAGUCGCAUUUACAUGCAGCAACCUCAGAAACCAUAAAACGAAUGCAGAGGUGGUGUGCUUUGAAUAUCAGGAGAAAGUCAAUUGUGAAGACCUCCUGAAACCAGACAAGGGAAAUACACUAAGGUCUGUUUUGUGCAAUGUCACCAAUUCUUACACUAGCCAAUGCCACCUGACCCUCUACACUUCAGAAACCAAUCAGAAAUGCAUCCUUUGGGUCUUGAAAGGAAUUGCCAGCAACGAUGCAAAGGAAGCUCUAGAGAGUCAUUAUUCAGCACUUCAAAAGAAAGACUUUGUGUAUAAGUGGGAGCAGAUUUCUGAUCAUCAAACAAAAACGAAGAAGACAAUGAUUGCCCUGGUUACUGUUGGUGUUUUGAUAGCCUUUAUUAUUCUAAUUGGCUACUAUCUCUCCAACCGGGAAAGCUGGACCCCUGGCAGACAGAGACUGGGCGAGGACCCAUAUUAUACUGAAACGGAUAGCCAAGGAAACACCCUAGUGUCAGUGUCUGCCCACAGUCAGGAAAAGGAGAAUGGAACAGGUCAGACAAGCACACCAACCACAACCAAUGGGCACUCAACGAAGAAGCAGGCUAUGACAGACACAAAAGUAUAACAAGGGAAAACCUAAUGAACUGAGGGAGAAAAGCAAAUAAGUAAACUUGGAACAUGUACAUGUAGAGAAAAUGAAAAAAAAAAUCUUCAAUGUUUGCUUCCUAUCACGUCUUUGGCUUUCGUUAAAAGAAAGAAAUCUGUACCAAAGACACGAACAACAAAUUGAAAUCUGGAAAUUUUGUGAAUAUGUAAUUCAUGGAAAGGAACCUGCAUUUUUUGAAAUUCAACAUUUUCCAUAUGCUUAUGGAAUUGGAUAUUUUAAAAAGACAGAGGAAAACAUAUCUGAGCUUAUGGGAAAAAUCAGUUUAGUCAAAAUAAUUAUAAAACUGAACAUGACCUUAAAAUUUUUUUAUUAACAUAGGUGCUACAUUCCACCAGUGCAGGUACCUGUGAAACCUGGUCAGUAAUUUGUUUUUUCUUACUACAAAUAAGAAAAUGAAAUAGAUUUCAUUGGCUGCUAUGUGAAACUGCACUGGUUCAAUUUAGCUGAUAUAUCAGGCCCUACAUUUUCAGGCUGAACACAAUUGUCCUAGUUCACUGAAAUUCCUAAUUAUUUUAGAGAAGUAUUUAACUGGAUGCAAUGGAAAUGCAGUAAGGUAUUGUAAUAAUCUGGCUGCAAAUUACAGUUUAGUUUUCAAUGCUAUUCUGAAUUCAGAUAGUGCUACCAUGAAAACUACUAGGACAAAGCCAGUAAAUAAAAAUUAAGUUAUGUAUUUUCAACACAAUGGGGUAUAUUUGUCAAAAAGUGAAGUUAGAGAUCACCACAGUCCGCUAGAAUGAAAUACCGCCUCAGAAUCCAAAAAUCCGGCAUCUCAGACUUGCCGAUGUAUAUAAAUCAAUGGGAGAAGUCCCGAAGAUAUCCUGAGCUCUGGGUUUCGUGCAAAAAUCCAAAGAUUUCGGGUUUUUUUCGGGCAAAAAUUCUAAGCAAUCAUAUGAUUUGUAUUUUUGGGCGAUUUUGACGAUUUUUUCAUUUUUCCUGAACUGGAAUUUUUCAGAAAAAUGUAUUGAUAAAUAAUGGGAACGGAUUUGGUCGGAGUAUAUUUCAGAAAAUAAUGAGAUAAAUUUGGAUUUUCAUAAAUAACCCCCUUAAUGUAUAACGACUUACAUUGUAGGCAUGAACAUACUUACUUUUACUGUAAGACUACAGUGGGGGCUGAUAUGCAGAUCUGACUAAAGUUGGAUCUUUUCUGCUACAAUAAAUAACUCCCUUUAUUUGCAAAUGGUAAAGAGUUUUCUUUAGGGGAAACAUUAUCCAAAUGUCUAAAUAAAGCUUUUGCUUUGUAUGUUUUGAGUUUAACUAUGUGGGCUUAUUUUUUGUUACUUAUGUAGCAGUAUUUCUUUAUUACUUAUGCAAAAGCAACAGUUAUCCUAUCUUAUAGCAACCUGCCACAGUGGUCGCUCAGUCUGUGUGAAUCAAUAUAACCUUUAUAACCCAAGUCUAAGCUUAUGAGUUAAACCAAGGAAGAGGAAACCCCACCACUGUAAAUUUAACCUUUUAAGUGUUACGCAUCAUAGAAUCUUCAGUACUGGCUUUGCAGCACUUUUGUUUUUAUAUGGGUUCAUAUGCUCUCCGGUAGCACACAGUCCCACUCACAAAAAGUCCUGCAGCAACAAAAGUAUAAUAUAGUGCAAUAUUAGCAAAAUCAGAUUAGCAAUGGAAAACUGCACAGAACUUGUACACAAAAUAUUAAAUGAGGCUGUUAAAACAUGGACAAAAUUCAUAGCAUCUCUUUGAAAAAAUACAAAACUAGAAACCGAGGUGUAUGCAAUGAAAAGAACAAUUUUUGUUUUUGAAGCAGCAACCUUAAACAUUUAUAAAUAAACUUUUGUUACAUA